UCGUCACCUGCUUAACCUAGCACUUACCUCACCUGCUUCUUCGGAUAUUUAACCAACUUUCCUAUUCUCCUACUCUAGCUUCUAAUCCAAGCAAAUAGCCCAAAAAUGGCGGACCGUAUCAGAGAGAAAUUGAACCAGCUCCGCCUGGAGGCUGACGAGUCCGCUGCUAAAGUCGAAGAGCUCAAGGCUAAGGUCAAGGCACUCGAGCAGGAGAACCUCGCCAAGGAGCAGGAAAUCACCUCCCUCUCCCACAAGAACGGUCUUUUGGAAUCCGAGAACGAGAAGUUGGACACGACCAUCAAGGAUUUGAAGAAGACUGCCGAUGAGGGCCUACAACAUGGUACGCACAACGAGACCCUCCAACGAAGACUUCAGCUACUCGAGGAAGAGGCCGAGGAAGCAGACAAGACCCUUCGUGAGACAAACGAGAAGCUUCGCCAGACUGACGUGAAAGCCGGUCACUUCGAGCGCAAGGUACAGGCAUUGGAGAACGAGCGGGACCAGUGGGAGGGCAAGUACGAAGAGAUGGCCAAGAAGCACCGAGACCUCCAGAAGGAGUUGGAGGAACUCCAGAACGAAAUCGGCAACAUCUAAACCGAUAUUCCUUUCGUCGAGACCGCUAUCGCAAGAUACAAAGGCUGUGCCUUGGAGGAGGAAUAGGAUUUCUUUUUUUACCAGUCUUUGGCACCUACCAUGUCACUCUACACGACAGAGAAAGGCAUAGUUUGAUCGACCGAAUUUCCC